GGGCAGUUGGGUUUGUUUUGGUUUAUGCAAACUGCGUUUUCUGACCAGGGUCCAAGGUUCAGCAUUACAACCUGACCGUCCUCGUCUUUGACUCACAGUCACGCUCUCCGUCAGCAACUCCUCUCUGGUGUUAUACCCCUCUGUUCCUCCUCUCCCGGGGCCGCUCCCCGCCUCGUAGCCACCUUAUCUGACAGUAGAAGCUGGCCUGCUAGUUAGCAUACAGGCUAAACACCGCCAGGUUUCCCUCAUGUCCUCUGAGGAAAGCUUGAUCUUCGCGAUCACAGACUGGCUCUUCGUCAAUUCCUGGUGGCUGCUUCUGCCGUUCGUCAUGCUGCUCGUAGUCGCUGCAUUCAUCGUUGCCUUUGUGUUGCUGUUGUAUAUGAUAUCGCCUCUAAUCAGCCCCAAGCCUCUAAAACUGAACGGGGCCCACGUCGUGGUCACAGGAGGCUCGAGCGGAAUUGGCAAAUCCAUUGCUGUUGAGUGCUACAGGCAAGGAGCGUUCAUCACCCUGGUGGCACGAGAUGAAGCUAAAUUACUUCAAGCUAAGAAAGAGGUGGAGAAGUUUGCAAUUAAUGAUAAGCAGGUGGUGCUGUGCAUAUCAGUAGAUGUGGCCAGUGAUUAUAGUCAGGUGGAAAGUGUGAUAAAACAGGCUCAAGAGAAGCUGGGUCCAGUUGAUAUGCUUGUAAACUGUGCUGGGAUGUCCAUCUCUGGGAAGUUUGAGGAAGUCCCAGUGGAUCAUUUUAAAAAAAUAAUGGAGGUCAACUACCUGGGCAGUGUUUAUCCCACGCGUGCCGUCAUAACCACCAUGAAGGAGCGGCGAAUGGGCCGCAUCAUGUUUGUGUCAUCCCAGGCAGGGCAGCUCGGACUCUUUGGAUAUACUGCCUACUCUCCAUCCAAAUUUGCCCUGCGUGGCUUAGCAGAGUCCCUGCAAAUGGAGAUCAAGCCGUACAAUAUUUACGUGACUGUGGCCUACCCUCCUGACACUGACACACCAGGGCUGGCUGAGGAAAAUAAGACAAAGCCUCUGGAGACCAAACUGAUCUCUGAAACAUCUGGAGUGUGCCAACCAGAACAAGUUGCCAAAAUUGUUGUGCGGGAUGCAGUGCAAGGGAACUUUAACAGUUCUGUGGGACCUGACGGCUAUAUGCUCUCAGCUCUCACCUGCGGAAUGUCCCCCGUCACUUCUAUCACAGAGGGUCUCCAGCAGAUUGUCACCAUGGGGUUAUUCCGCACCAUCGCGCUCUUCUACCUGGGGAGUUUCGAUAGCAUUGUGCGCCGCUGCAUGAUUCAGAGAGAGCAGUUGAGAGCCGCCGACAAGACGGAGUAAUGUCGGCCUCAGCUUCUUCACAGCCCACUUCCCUUCCUCUUCUACGUCUUCCUCCUCCUCUGCCCAUGUCUCCGUCCCCUCAUCCAGCUGUACAGGUGCACAAACGCAGGUGGGAAAGAGGCAAAAGCGUUGAGUGUGUUCUUAAUGGGAUGUGAAAAAUGCUAGAUGUUUACUCUUUGCUUGUCGAAUAGUUUUCACAGCCAUUACAGUUUCUCUGUCCUUUCUGAGCAUUCCAGUGACAUUUUUCCUUUGACGUGUCCACCUGCUCUUCUUGUUGGACCAUUCUUAUACUUUGAGGUAAAAGGCAGACUAAACAAAAACACUUUAAACACACAGCCUCUGCCAACAACAAACAUUUCAGAUUACAGUCAUCCCGGCCUCUACAGGCACAGUGUUCAUUUUCCUUUUCAAUCACUAAGACGAAAAGUAGCCGAUAGUCUAUCUGACUAUUUGUGCCAAAAACAGCCUAAAAUAUUUUCCCACUUUGGUUCCACUUUGUGAAUAUAUUUUACUAUCUUUACUAAAAUCCUACCAUCUUCUCCAGCCCUCUGUUUGUACCACAAGUCUUCGCAGGCGAAGCGCCUUCCCUUUUUUUUCCCCAAGCACGUCUCGUGCGUUUCGACGCAGCGACCCAACACUUUGUUAAAGGCGUGUGAUGUUUUUCCUUUUGUGCUUGUUUUAAUUUGAAUGACAUCAGAGAGCACGAGGGCGCGUGAAGAUUCUAUUUUUCAGUCAAGUUUUGACAUUAUUUCUACCAAUGCAAAAAUCUACAAUACUUUCCAAAAAAAUAACAUUUUUUUAAAAAUGCCACAAUUUAAAUUUAAAUUGUGCUUGUGUGUUUAUAUUUGCUGUGACUGAGCCCGCAGCGCAGGGAGAGAAAAGCCAUUCGAUUUUAUGUUCCUGCAAUAUUGCACCAAAAUGAUUCAUGGUCCUUCCAGUUUAUUUCUUGAGUAAAAAAACAGGUACGAGUUGAGUUAAAGCCAUGUAGUUAAGAUGGUGAAAAAAACAGUCAGGUGACCAGUUUCUGCAUUUCCAUUACUUUUCCUUUCUUACUUGUGUGAAAGGAAGUGUUUCGUUUUUACAUGCAGUUCAUCAGUCGUGUAUCUGUGCACAUUUUAGCCACCCUAACGUAGAUCCAGGUGGGAUUUAUUCUGUCGGGGUGGUGCAAGUCAGGCAUUGAGGACCAAACUUGCUGGUUUGAGUUUGGACCCAACAAGUUUAAAAAAAGAAAAAAAAAAGUUGGAAAUGUGUUUUACAAUAAAAACAACAGUAGUUGAGGGACUUCCAUGGAGGUGGGAAUUUUGUCCUUCUGAAUUUAUUCUGCUGUUACUCUGCACAAACAGGACUGUCUAUCCCUCAGUAGUCUGUUUAUCGUCAUUUCAGUUGAAAAAUUGUGAUGUAUCAUACAGUAGUACUACUCUGGGUUCAAAGGGACGAAAAAGUACAGCGUUGUUUUGCAAGUCUUCCUCUGGUCAAUUCUAAACAGGGAGAAUGUACUUUUUACAAAUCGGAAAUUAAGGAUAUUAUUUUCAAAAUGCACCAAUAGUUGAAUGCCAAAAUGUGAUAAGACCAUUUUUGUAGAUGCAGUGUGUUACGUUGAGAUUCAUUUCGGUGUCGCUGCUCUGUUGAUCCGUAGAAUUAGUUUGUAAGGAAGGAAACUAAAAGAUGUGGAGCGGUGUGAGGAGCCAUUCUAAGCCUUAAUGACAUAACUACUGACGAAGCUAAUGCUUUAAGAAUGGAUCCGUCCACACAACAAUGUGGCCUAACCCACAUGUGGUUUACCAGUUCAAUUUUUAAAUGUGACUUUUCAGUGUUAUUUUUUUUUUUCGUUCUGUGUUUUUGUCGAUAUUCCGUCUUUGUGUGAGAAAAAGCCUUAGUGAAAUCCAAGAUAUGAAAGUGAGAAUGGAUGACUCGUGUUUGAUGAUGUUCUCAUUUGAUUUUUAGUUGGUUUAAAGGCACAAUGUCUUGAGCUUGAGGCAUUUUCUGAAAUGUACAUCUGUUGCUUUCAGGCAUUCUCUUUACUUUCCCUUAAAGUAGCAGCUCUCAGUUAUAGAUUAUGUAGCCCAUGUAAAAGCAGUUCCGUUUUAAGUCCCUUUAAGCUAUGCAAUUGAAGCCUCUGCUUGCAAUAUGGUUAAACGCAUAAUACAUAAUUUAUGUAACAGUGACUAAUUUCCCUAUUUAUAUCCUCGUAAAAGUCAUUACACUGUUUUGUUUUUCGUUAUUUGCUUUCAUUCGUUCAAGUUUUCUGCCAAAAACAAACACGUUCACCUUGUGUGCCAUGGACAAAUGUGAGAAGUGAACUUUUUUUUUUUGUCUUAUUUUCUUACAUGAUAAACUAAAUAAAUAAAUGUCAGGAAAAAAA